AUAAUGUUUGUACAUAUCGUACUGAACCAUACAAGAAUUAUCUAUCAAUAACAUACAAAUGUUCAGAAUAUAAAAAAUUUCCUGCAUGUUCAUAUCAGUUAAAAGCCACACAACAUGUAGUUGGAACAUACCAGUUAUAUUCCUCAUCAUGUCAUAAUCAUCAACAACGCGCUGAUAGUAAUCGUUUAUUAUCACCUAUUCGUGACAAUAUUCGUCAAAUGACAGAUAAAGGAUUAACAGCUGUACAAAUUAAAAAGAUAAUGAAAGUAUUACAUCCAGAUCUUUUCAUUGAUUCAAAAGUGCUUUGGUAUGAUGCUGUUAUGGGUACUCGACAAAUGCCGCAAGAAAUUGGAAAACGUCAAGGAAAAGGUCGUCCGAAAAAAGUAAAAUAUGCAUUAUCGAGAGACUAA